GUCCAGGAGCGGAGAUCCGGUAGUAAACAGACCCGGUAGUCUCCAGGAAACGGCCCAGCUGGACGCCAUGAGCCGACCGUCCUCAGCCGGGGCCGGGGGAGGAGGACUCGGGGCCGGGAAGGCCGGCGGAGGGAAGCACGGGGGGUCCGGAGGCGCCACCGCGGCCGCAGCGGCAGCAGCAGCCGUCGGGGUGAGCUCCGGGUCCGGGUCCGGGUCCGCCGCCCCCUCCGCCUCCUCGGCCGGGUCCCUGGCCGCGGCCGGCCUCCCCGGGCAGCCCCCGGAGCUGACGGCGCUGUUCGAGUGCCCGGUGUGCCUGGACUACGUGCUGCCGCCCAUCCUGCAGUGCGGGGCGGGUCACCUGCUCUGUAACCUCUGCAGACACAAGCUGAGCUGCUGCCCCACCUGCAGGGGCCCCCUGAGCCCCUCCAUCAGGAACCUGGCCAUGGAGAAGGUGGCCUCCACCCUGCCCUUCCCCUGCAAGUACUCGUCGGCCGGCUGCCUGCUGUCUCUGCACCACAGCGAGAAGCCCGACCACGAGGAGGUCUGUGAGUUCCGGCCGUACACGUGUCCGUGUCCCGGCGCCACCUGCAAGUGGCACGGCUCUCUGGAGGCCGUCAUGCCGCACCUGAUGCACGCGCACAAGUCCAUCACCACGCUGCAGGGCGAGGACAUCGUCUUCCUGGCGACGGACAUCAACCUGCCGGGCGCCGUGGACUGGGUGAUGAUGCAGUCGUGUUUCAGUCACCACUUCAUGCUGGUGCUGGAGAAGCAGGAGAAGUACGAAGGCCACCAGCAGUUCUUCGCCGUCGUUCUGCUCAUUGGCACCCGCAAGCAGGCGGAGAACUUCGCCUACCGCCUGGAGCUCAACGGCAACCGGCGCCGGCUCACCUGGGAGGCCACGCCGCGCUCCAUCCACGAUGGGGUGGCGGCUGCCAUCAUGAACAGUGACUGCCUGGUGUUCGACACCUCCAUCGCACAUCUGUUCGCCGACAACGGCAACCUGGGGAUCAACGUCACCAUCUCCAUGUGCUGAGAGCGACCGAGGCUGCAGCGCAGCAGGAUCCGUUCAGGAGUUCAGCUUCUCGUUCCGUUGCUACGGGGACGUCCUGCCGCGUUGAUGAGCAAAAACAUUUGAAGCCGUUUGAAUGGCAGCAGCGCCGGGAGGCGAGCGGCGCCAGCCCUGUGUAACGUCUGUGUUUGUGACGAACGACUGGACAGAACGGGUCGUCCCUUUAUCGGGCAUCAGGCCUCCAAACUCGACGGAGAAGAAGUCGGACACGCUGGACGCCGCAGAGCGAGCGCUCCUCAGUUUCCUCUCGUUCAAGGAAAUACUUACCCAGCAGCCUCGUCAGGGUCGUCACACGUGUUCACAAUAUUCUCGUCUUUGCUGGUUAAAGCUCUGCAGUUAUCAGCCGUCUGUACCGGAGGACCGGACCCGGACUGGACCGGAACCAGUACUGAGUCCACGUAAAGGACUGUGGCGGUUUUUUAUUUACAACAAUACAUAUCAGCUGAUCUAUUAAAACAAACUGGAGCUUAGAAGUCUGAUUAAAGGUCAUUUUUGUCCACCAGAGGGCGCUGACAGCUCGUUUAGAGGCCUUUACACAUCGGGGGGAGGAGUUUGUGAUGUGAUUAACUCAAUAUAUUUUUGUUCCAACUGUUGUUUCACACACAUUGUAAAUAUUACGUAAACUAUAUGUUUGAUAAUUGAGCUUUUUUGCAGCGUGAAUAAACUGAUCCCAUCGUGCAGAACAAAUAUAUUUCACCGUAUACCGUAGACGGGUCAUGACUUCAGUUCUAAAUUAAAAAUCAUUUACAAUGAAUGGAAAUCAAAAGUAGGAUCUACAACCAAUGAAAUGUCACAAAUCCACAUCACUGUCAGUCAGAAUAGUUUAGAUGCGAAAUAUUUGCAGGCGAGUAUUUCACUAGUUUGUGUCGUUUAUUCGUCACAACUCCGAUGUGUAGCGGCCUUCGUACUGUGAACAUCCUGUUGGGAACGAAUCGGAUAUAUCACACUUUCCAAGACUCAAACACUGAUAUCAGCUGAGCUGCAGUUGUGUCUGUUCUCCUUCAGCUGGUCUAAAAAUAGAACAGGAAGUGCACACACACUUUUUUAUGUUUAAGUCAUUAUUAUUCAUCGCGAGCUGAACUCGCCGACACGAGUUUCAGAGCUGUGACAGGAAAUAUAAACUUCAAACAAUAAAAGCUCCAAAGACUUUUAGAAAACAAGCUGCUGGCAGUGAAUGAUCCACGUUAAUCCUCAGACCUUCUUUAUCUCCAAUAGAAGCCUCUCUUCCUGCAGUCCGUUCAGCCGCCAGCGCCUUACUUUUCUACCGCCAACCCCCUCUAUCUACUUCCUGUUCCAGCUCUGUCCGAGGGAGUCCACCACCUGAAGAUGGGACAGAAACGUUUCUAACGAUGUGACACGAUAUUUAGAAAAGUGUGUAAAGUUUAAUGGCAGCUGAGCAGGAAGAGCGACGUCACAGAUACCUCUGAGCACAGACACGUCUGUACCUGAACCUCUCAGACCUCAGCGCCGCUUCCUCCGUGGUCCUGUCACACAUGAUGAUGUGGUCACCAUGAAAUAUACAGUCAUGGAAAAAUUAGAAGACCACCAUUGUUUUCUUCAAUUUCUUGUUCAUUUAAGUGCAUGGUACAACUAAAGGAACAUUUGUUUGGACAAAUAUAAUGAUAACAAAAAUAGCUCAUACAUAGCUCUAGACAUUUAACAUGGUUUCAUUCAUAAUAAUCAUUAUCAAGAAAACCAUGUUAAAUGUCUAGAUAUCAGCUCUUAAAUUAAACUCUGUCCCAAUCCCGACCCGAUUCUUUGGUUUUCAACUGCCAAAGAACUGGCUCUCAGUCAGGAAAACGGGUUCAACAGUGGCACCAACUCUUUGUUGGUCUUCAACCGUGAACCGCUACGUCAGCAGCUGGGGGCGGGGCUAUCUGACCAACUCGGCCCGUUGAGAGAGACCAACCAAAACAUGUGUGAUUCAUUCAUUUGAUUUGUUUAUCUGCAAUGUGAUUGAUGCGGGCUAGUGGGCUAACUUUAGCGAGCUAGCACUAGCAGGGUAACGUUAGCUAGCUAGCGCUAGCGGGCUAACGAUAUCGAGCUAAUGCUAGCUUACAACAAAGUCCAACAUUAACUUCUUACGUUUAGUGUUAAUAGGAACUGAAUCGUCGUCCAGAGCGGCUCAGAUUAGUUGUUCGUAUCAUAUUUGGAUGCCAAUGUUGGACACUGAACGUAAGAUGUUAAUGUUGGACUUUGUUGUAAGCAAACGUUAGCCCGCUAGCGCUAGCUCCAUAUCGUUAGCUCGCUAGCCCGCAUCAAUCACAUUACAGUUAAACAAAUCAAAUAAAUGAAUGAAACACGUUUUAGUUGGUCUCUCUCAACGGGUCGGGUUGGUCUUGUUGAUCAGAUAGCUCCGCCCCCAGCUCCUGACGUAUACGGUUCGCAGUUCAAGACCAGCAAAGAGUUGGUGCCGCUCUGGAAGCAGUUUUUCUGGCCGGGCACCGCCUCCAGUGGAAAACGAUAUCUGUGGGAAAGCAAACAGGUUUGCUAGCACCGGCUUCCAACUGACCCCAGGGCGCUAACAUGCUAACUCAUGUCUCACUGUUUAUAACACGGCUUCAGACAUUGUAAACAACCUCGCCCACAGUUUUAGCGUAUGGGCUGUUUGGAACGGAAUGAUGUCAUCAAAGACCCCCUCGGCCCCUCCCCCUCCUCCCUCUGAGCCGCUAAUGAAAAUUAUCUCAUCUAAAUAUUCUGUUCUGCAGCACAUUAUUAAUAUUAAUACUAAUAUUAGUAUCCUCAUCAUCAUGGCUGCUGAAUAAUGACCACAGAGGAACCGGCGCUCUCUCUCUGAUAAUCACUUCCACUUUACAACCCGCCGACUUUCUACGAAAUGUUUGAAGAUAUUGUAAAUUAAGUUAUAAUGACGUAUAUUUUCUAAAAAAAAACAACACCGAGACUGCUGCAUUUAUUCCUCGUGCUCACAGAGUGUUUGUGUUGGGCUUUAAAGAUAUUUUAAAAAGUACUUUUCUAAUGUUUGUGAUGUUUUGUUGAUAAUUCUGCUGCUGAACUGUCGAACCUCAACAUCUGUACGACACAAAGGAAACUAAAAAACUAUGUUUCCCUUUGUCCUUUUUAUUGGACGUGAAACUCUAAAAUCAUCAGAAAAUAUCUGCUUCUUAUUGUCCACAAGAAGCCAGUUGACAUAAAAACUACAACUCCCAGGGUGCAUUUCACCAACAAACAUCAAAUCACAGCUUUACGUUCUUCUACAUGAGCCGCUAACAGUUAGCUGAGGCUAAAAACUACAACAGGACAAACGCUGCCAAAAUAAAAAUACAGAAAUUAAUUAAUUAAUUAAAUACUGAAUUAAAGUGAAUAAAUAAAUAGAGAAAUUAAUAUAAUGCAGGCAAGGUAAAGAAAUUAAAAGGAAAGUAAAACAGAAAAACUUAUUAGUCAUUUAUUAUUUAUUAGUUUUUUUUAUUUUCGCAGCAUCUGUCCUUCAUAGCUGAAACAUUUGGCAGUUUGGAUCUCAGCUUAUUUUUAUUUACUUAUAUAUACAGUAUAUAAAAAAUAAAGAUUUCCAAAAAACAAAUUAAAAAAAUUAAGAACAUAAACCUGAAACAUGUUUUAGUUACCAUAUCUUUAUAUUUGUAAUUCCAGGAUGAUUUUCAAGUGAUUUCCUACGUGUUUUCAGGUAAAUUAUUAAAAUAAGUAAAAUUGAGAUAGUGUUUAACUAAAUUCAACAUAUAAAUUUCAUUUAAAUUGAGCUUUUCUUUCUCUGUAAGCUGCUAUUAAUUUUACGGUUCUAUCCGGGAAACAUCUAUGAAAUUAUUCCCCAAAUAAAGUGUCUGAAAGCAUUAAUUGGCUUUAAUAAUAUUGAUGUUUUUCUCACUAAUGAACAUGGUUAAUUUGUCACGGCAGCAGGACGAUAAAAAGCUCAAAUCCAGUGAAGCCGUCACAGUUUUACAUCCUUCGGUUGUUUUGAUCAGAUUUUCUUUGUCCUCAGUGUUCUGUGAUGUUUCUAUAAUAAAUGGGUGCAGUUUGAUUCUCUGUCUCGUUCUGAUCUUUACAGUUUUCACAUCAUUAAACAUUUAUCAGGUCGGAUAUGUCA